CUCAUCCUCACUCAGCUUGUCUCCGAGAAACAGGCUUCAAAAUGAGCGCAGACAACGGUUCCUCGGAGCAGCAGAGCUCGCGCAACGUGAUUGGCAUCUCCUUUGGCAACUCAUAUUCCAGCAUUGCCUACACCAACGCGGCAGAUGGAAAGGCAGAGGUUAUUGCUGAUCCCGAUGGAGACCGUCAAAUCCCCACUGCCAUCUCCUACGUUGCAGGCGAAGAAUUCGUUGGCGCACAGGCAAAGGCCCAAAUCGUGAGGAAUCCACGCAACACCGUUGCCUACUUCAGAGACUUCCUCGGAAAGUCCUUCAAGGAGAUCGACCCCACUGCGAAUCACUCCAGCGCACAUCCAAUCGAGCACGAUGGUGGAAAGAGCGUGGCAUUCCAGGUGCAAGAAAAGGAAGAGGGCGAGAAGAGCACAUUGAGCAUCAAUGAGGUCGCCACGAGGCACAUCAGGCGGCUGGCACAGUCUGCUGGUGACUACCUUGGAAAGGAGAUCAAUGCGGCUGUCAUCACAGUGCCUUCUGACUUCACAGACUCGCAAAAGGAGGCUUUGACAAGUGCUGCAAAGGAUGCCGGAAUUGAGGUUCUGCAGUUCAUUCCAGAACCUGUUGCUGCAAUUUUGGCCUACGAUGCGAAAAUUCACGCUUCCGGAGAGUCGCAGCCCGCACACCAGGAUAAGGUUGUGGUGGUGGCAGAUCUUGGAGGCACACGAUCGGACAUUGCAGUGGUUGCCAGCAGGAAUGGCAUCUACACUACUCUUGCAACUGCGCACGACUACGAAUUCGGAGGCGCCAGCCUCGACAAGGUCCUCAUCGAAUACGCCGCGAAAGAGUUUCUCAAGAAGAACAAGAACGCAAAGGACCCCCGCGAAAAUGAGCGCAGCUUGUCGAAGCUGACUCUCGAAGCUGAGGCUGUGAAGAAGGCGCUCAGCAUUGGACAAUCUGCCAACUUCUCUAUUGAGAGCUUGAUUGAUGGAAUCGAUUUCACACUCACAGUCAACCGCACACGAUUCGAGCUCCUUGGCAACAAGGUCUUCAGCUCCUUCACGCGUUUGGUACAGGGAGCCGUGCAAAAGGCCGACCUUGACGUUCUAGACGUCGACCAAAUCCUCCUCUCUGGUGGGACGUCGCAUGUGCCCAAGAUUGCCUCUAACCUGCAGAGCGCGUUCCCAGAGAGCACAUCGGUCAUCGCACCCAGCACCAGUCCUUCUGCCGUGAACCCAUCCGAACUGACAUCCCGAGGAGCGGCCAUCCAAGCCUCUUUGAUCUCCGAAUUCGAGCCAGCCGAUGUCAAGGAGAACACCGAAGCGGUCGUCACUGUGACACCGCACCUUCAGAAUGCCGUCGGUCUCGUCACAGCCGACAACCAAUUCUCAGUUAUUGUACCCGCAGACACGCCCGCUCCAGCACGGAGAACGGCACACAUCACCAUUCCCACGGGUGGAGACGUGCUUCUCAAGCUGGCCGAAGGUGUGCGCGAGAUCAAGGUCACGAAAGAGGAAAAGGCUGCCACGAACGGCAAGGACGAGGAUGACAGCGAGGAGGACUCGGAUGACGAGCCCGAAGAAGUGCGGGAGAAGGUUUGGAAAGCUGGAAAGCCGCUUGCCGAGUUUGCGAUCAAGGGUGUCAAGGCCAAGGGUGUUGUGGAAGUGCAGAUCAACGUGGCCGCAGAUCUGACGCUGACGAUUGUUGCCAAAGAGAAGGGAGGGAAAGGUGGCGUGAGAGGUGUAAUUGAGGCUGGAAAGGCCACGAGCAAUGGAUCCGCUUAGAUGGAGAGAGGAAGGCAAAGGUUGAAACAGGCGCAAAAAAGUGAGUGUCGGUGGCUCUGAUUGCAUACAAGCGUCUGAUAGUCCGCUAUGGCUCUGAUGAGGAUGCUACAUAUAGAGAUCGCAAAUGAAAGAUGUGUGAACGCU